UGACAAUGUUAUGACAGUAAUGUUAAUUUAUAUAAUAGUCAUCUUGUAAAUUUUUAUUAACAAUUAGGUGUGCUUUUUGGUGUGUUUUUUAAAUUGCAAGUCUAACAAUGCAUGACACGAUCGUUCGUCUCGCCGAUGUCUGGAAGACAUGCAACAAGAUCCGCGCGGCUGCGUUCCGCGUGGGCCUCAACCUGUGGGAGUUCUACCGACCGCUGGACCCCGAGGGGAACUCUCUAAUCUCUGAGUCCAAGUUCGUAUCGGUACUGGCCGGCCCGCUCCGUGCCGUGGUGGGGCUGACAGAUGCGGAGAUCGCGCAGCUGGCAGACUACUUCCGAGCUCAAGACGGCCGCGUGCUGUACCACCAGCUCUGCCAGGUCAUCCACGGGGAAGACGCGGGCGGUCGCGAGCAGACCUCGGCGGAGUGCCUGCUGGAGGCCUGUCCUCCGCCGCCGGAGCCCCGCUGUCACUCGCUGGACCAGUGGCAGCUGCGGCGCCUGUGCUGUCUGCUGGCCACCAUCGCGCAACGUGACAUCCCACUCAAACCCUAUUUCCAGGACUACGAGCUCGUGGCCAAGAACGACGGAAGGAUAACGUUCGCACACUUUGCACGCAUCCUCAACUACAUCGGAGUGCUGGUCUCGCCCGAGGACUUCAACCUUCUUGUGCGACGCUUCAUCAAGGACUCGUACACUCUGGACUAUGUUGAGUUCCUGAAGGCGGUUGAGGCAGUCAAGAAAGAGGGAAUACAGGGAUUAGGACCGGAAUACAUGAACCCAGCCGCCGUGAUAGAUACGACGUUGCCGAAGCUGGUCCGCCCCGAGGAGGAUGCUGGACGGUCCACGGCGCCGCUCGGACCCUCCGAGGUGUUCCACCCCAUGCUGGCUCAACCCAAGCCAUCCAGGCACCUGCUUGAGCUGAUGCUGCGCGUGCAACAGUUUGUCAUGCAGCGUCGCAUUCGAGUCUCCGAAUUCUUUAGGGAUUACGACCCGCUCAACAUCGGGCGCAUAUCACCACAGCAAUUUCGGCGCGCUCUCGAUAUCAUGGGGUUCAGCGCCAUCAUGUCGGACCGCGAGAUGGUGUGCGUCACGCAGCACUAUCUCGAUCCCAACCAGCCCGACCGCGUCUGCUGGCGCACCUUUGAGGACGACUGCGAUCAAGUGUUCACCAUAAAAGAACUGGAGAAGCAUCCCGAUGUGCAGAACGGCGCAGUGAGGGCGGCCGUGGCGGAGCUCCCCCCCGCAGGCUCGGCGGCUGAGCGCGGCGGAACUUCGCCCCUCGAGCUGGACCAGGCGCAGGCGGCGCUGCUGAGGGUGCGGGCCGCGUGCCGCGAGCGCUCCAUCGACCUGAGGCCGGCCUUCGGAGAACACGACGAACACAACAAUGGGCACGUGUCGAGAUCGCAAGUACGUCGAGUGUUGGCGCGGCUGGGUGUACUGCCCACACCGGAGCAGGUGCGGGCCUUGGAGACCAGAUACCUGGACGACUGUGGCUUCCACUAUGUGGCUCUACUGGAUGAGUUGGAGGACCAGCCGGCCGAGAGCGCCACGAUUUCAGCCCCGUCGCGUGCGCUCCGUACCCCGCCUCCCGCGCAUACUGACCCAACGCAAACUGACAUCGUGCAGAUCCUCGCCAAGAUUAAGGGAAAGAUGGUGCGGGAGGGUGUUCGUCCUCGGGACUUCCUGAAGCAGUUUGACCCUCGGCGAGAACUGGUGAUUCCCCGCGCUGACUUCUACCGCGGCCUGGGCUCGGCCGGGCUGGCGCUGACUCCACUGGAGAUGGACACGCUCAUGGAAGUAUUCUGCGUUCCGGGUCGCCGCCGCCUCGUGGAGUACGAGCGGUUCUGCAACGCGGUGGGCGAGGCCUUCACGCAGGGCUCGCUGGAGCGCGCGCCUCUUCUGGAGCCGGUACCUCACGUGCCCACCAUCCACUCGCCGCUCAACUUCCUCAACUUCGAGGAGCGCCACAUCGCCUCCGGGGCACUCACCAAGCUGGCCAAGUUCCCUGACCUCAUCACUAACAUACUGGAAGUCUUCAAGGAUGCCGACCGCGAGCGCUGCGGCACCAUACCGCGGGUGUCCAUGGAGAAGGCUCUGUGCCAGCGUGGGCUGCUGUCGCUGGUGUCAGCGCGCGAGCGCGACGUGUUGUACAAGUGCUUUGGCUUCCGACGCGGCUGCGGCGACGAGGUCAACUACAGAGCUUUCUGCAAUGCUCUAGAUCUGCUGCACGCUACGUCAGUUGGCCAACCAUGCUAGAUAAUUUUGUAUUUGUUUGAAACUAAGACAACAACAUUCAGUUCACAAUCAUAUGCAUGUCAGCCGAUUAUGAAUAAAUGUACUUCACCUACAAACAC